GUUAGGACGCUCCUGCAGUCCUAGAAAGUAGAAGGUCUGGGAGCUCCGGAGGAGGACGCGAGGACGGGCAGAGGCAGGCGCGCCCCUCCCGAGUUUUCAUUCUCUUGCGAGCCCUCGCGCGCCCAGUCCGCCCUCUGGCCCGGAGAUUGUGGAAAGGAGGUGGGGAGGCUCCUCCAUCCCACCCGCUCGUCGCCGGAGACUGGAGGCUCCGCGAGACCGCCCCAAAGAAGCUGUGGCCCGGCUGGGAAGUUUUCCGGAGCCGAAUCGGCCGUGCAGCCAGGGCUGCCGCCCUGCCGCCGCCCGGGACACCCGUCACCUCCGCGCCGCAGCCCUCCCGGCGCCCGCAGACCCGGCGGCCGUCUGCGCCCCGCCGAGCUUCACGGUGUAAAAGCAAUAUCAUAAGACAUUUCUUCAAAUUUGCAUCAAGAUGGAAACCUUUUGCCUGAGAGCGUCCUUUUGGUUGGCACUGGUGGGAUGUGUAAUCAGUGAUAACCCCGAGAGAUACAGCACAAAUCUAAGCAAUCAUGUGAAUGACUUCACCACUUUCCGUGGGACACAGCUCAACUUCCUGGUUACUACUCAUCGACCCACUAACUUGGCCCUGCCCAGCAAUGGCUCCAUGCACAACUAUUGCCCACAACAGACUAAAAUUACUUCAGCUUUCAAAUACAUUAACACUGUGAUAUCUUGUACUAUUUUCAUCGUGGGAAUGGUGGGGAAUGCAACUCUGCUCAGGAUCAUUUACCAGAACAAGUGUAUGAGGAAUGGCCCCAACGCGCUGAUAGCCAGCCUUGCCCUUGGAGACCUUAUCUAUGUGGUCAUUGAUCUCCCUAUCAAUGUAUUUAAGCUGUUGGCGGGACGCUGGCCUUUUGACCACAAUGAAUUCGGUGUAUUUCUAUGCAAGCUGUUCCCCUUCCUGCAGAAGUCCUCCGUGGGGAUCACUGUGCUCAAUCUCUGUGCUCUCAGCGUGGACAGAUAUAGAGCUGUUGCUUCCUGGAGUCGUGUUCAAGGAAUUGGGAUUCCCUUGAUUACUGCCAUUGAAAUUGUCUCCAUCUGGAUCCUUUCCUUUAUCCUAGCCAUCCCUGAAGCAAUCGGCUUUGUCAUGGUGCCCUUUGAAUACAAGGGUGCACAACACAAAACCUGUAUGCUCAAUGCCACAUCCAAGUUCAUGGAGUUCUACCAAGAUGUAAAGGAUUGGUGGCUCUUCGGGUUCUACUUCUGCAUGCCCUUAGUAUGCACAGCAAUCUUUUACACCCUCAUGACCUGCGAGAUGUUAAACCGAAGGAACGGCAGCUUGAGAAUUGCCCUCAGUGAACAUCUUAAACAGCGUCGAGAAGUGGCGAAAACCGUGUUCUGCUUGGUUGUAAUUUUUGCUCUUUGCUGGUUCCCUCUUCACUUAAGCCGUAUUUUGAAGAAAACAGUGUAUGAUGAGAUGGACAAGAACCGGUGUGAGCUACUUAGUUUCUUGCUGCUCAUGGAUUACAUCGGUAUUAACUUGGCAACCAUGAAUUCAUGUAUAAACCCAAUAGCCCUAUACUUUGUGAGCAAGAAGUUUAAAAAUUGUUUCCAGUCAUGCCUCUGUUGCUGCUGUCACCAGUCAAAAAGCCUGAUGACCUCAGUCCCAAUGAAUGGAACAAGUAUCCAGUGGAAGAACCAUGACCAAAACAACCACCACACGGAGAGGAGCAGCCAUAAGGACAGCAUUAACUAACAUCUUAAGAAGCAUCCAUCAAUACGCCUUCAAAUCCUAUCAGAGAAAAAAACCAACACGCAGAAACUGUGUCUCCUGAAAUCUCUGACCCUUCUUCUAUAACUCAGUUGCAUCCCUGUGAGGGCCAGGGUGUGCUCUAGAUGCUUUCCAAAACAGUAAAGAGUGAAAUGGUUUAUACCCACAAAAUCAAUGAACGGUACUUCUUUAACUUGUCUGAUAUACAGAGUUUGCAUGUUCUAUUCAAGACUAAAAAUGGGUGGAGAAUGGAGACUGCUAAAUAAAUCUAGAAGGAUUUUGCUACUUUUGCAUGAAAAUAGUUUUCAAGUGAAUGGCUAGCUUUCAUGGAAGUCCUGUUGUGAGUUCCAUGGAACUGGUGGUCAUCACAGAAGUUUAGAGAUCAUGGGGCCGGGAAUAUAGCCCAGUGGUAUAAGUGCCUGCCUGGCAAGCACAAGGCCUUAGUUCAAUUCCUGGUACCACACACACACACACACAAAAUAGAGAUUAUGACAAAAUUUUAUGCUUUUUAAAUCUUUUUCGAGGAGCAACCAAACAGCCUGGGUUUAAGUCACUUUUCUUUAAAAUGCCAUUCAGUGCCAGUAUUUUUUAAUCACAUACUGGCCCAGAGAUGAUUAUUUGAGCUAGUUCACACACAUUUUGAUUAACAACAAUAUUCAGGUGAGAAAUUAGGCUGUUUUUCAUGUAACUAUUUUAUUUUUAAGGUAUAAACUCUAAAACAGCAAAAAAUAUAGGCACUUAAAGCACAGACUGAUAACAUAUAGCAAUUUAAUAGUGGCUAACCAAAAAAAUUUCAGAGCCUAUAUUUUUUUUUUCAUGGUGUAUUGGUAUAGAUCUUGGACAUAUUCUUGUGUUAAAUUCCAAAAUAAUGCUUGGAUCAAAUGGUUCUGUUUUUCACAAACCCAAUCUUUUUAAUGCAAAUUUUAAAAUGUAAAACCAUGUUCAAAAGUCAAAUUAACGUACUGUUUAACUAUCAGUGAUACUUGCAGUGCAAUGUGUAGAAAUCUAAAGCACACAUAUGUGAGAAAGACUGGAUAGAGGAUUGGGACAUUUUUACUGAGCUUUUGUAAUAGUACCAUCUACCUUUGUACUCUCUUAAUUUCUCCUAAGAUGGUAAGUAGAAUUAAGACAUUUUUGGUCAUUCCUUUCUCUGGGUAGAUGACAUAAUUUCAAAGUGGCCAGAUGAGGUUAUCAUGUCAGUGAGAUAUCGCUAGUCCCGCCAUUCAAUUUUAGUUCUUCACGUCUCUGAGUUUCUGGUAGGAACCUAAAUUCUCACCUAGCCCCGCCCCCCCUGCUUCCGCACUUGGUCGCAAUUUCAAAGGGCCCAGAGUGACUUUGCUGGGCAUUUUCCCAAAUGUUUACAGACUGUGAGUACACAAGAAGACUCUUACUCGGUGUGCGUAUGUAUAUAUAUGUAUAAACUGUAAAUUCAUUUUAACCAUUUUUUGUGACCGUCUCUAUGGAAUGCAUUUGUAUAUGUGUGACUUAGUCACACAUGUGAUGGGAUGUAUGAUUUAAUCUAAUAAUGCUCUGUGAUCAUGCCAAAGCACAUGCUCUGUGUGAAAUCUAGGUGAUUGUUUCAUCACAACAACCUGUCAUAGUCAGUUUUCACAUAUUAGGAUCUCCUGUGUUCAGAAAAUGUGUGACCGUGUUACGAGUGCAAAUACAACACGGGAGCAGCAUGCAAGGGAGUGAGCCGUGCGUUCAUUACAACAUGGGGCUUUGUUUGGUUGGUUUGACAGUGCUGUACUUGGAGUCAUAUUGUUCCCUGUGCUGGAGCAAUAGCCAUUACAGCUCGAAGUAUUAUAUUGUUCCAAUCUCAGCUGCUUUUGGUGAUGAGCUUGACAAGUAGCCUUAUGUUUUCUAUCAAAUUUUGUCAGAUUUCCUGUGAGAGAUGAGCUAAACUAAUUUGUUGGGUCGUACUUUAGCGGUCAUGAGUGAAAUACAUGAGGUUGCACUUGCCUUUGUUCCAGGUUCCAUUGCAUGCUCCUUUGUGUGUCUGUCAGAUUCAAUUAUGCCACUGGUACAUCAUAUGCAGUGAUAUAUGCCUAUAAUAUAAGCCAUAAAUCCACACCAUUUUGUCUAUAGACAGUUGUCUUUUUUUUAAAGAUGCUUUGUUUCUUACAUAUAAAAAAUGCAUUUCAUAAAUUCAGAAAGUCAUAGCUUUCUGAAUAACUACACAAGCCUCCACGUGCAUUUUGUUUAUGGACUGGUAAGUAACAACAGUUUACUGGUAGGAAUAUUUCCAAUUUCUACCUUUACCGCAUCUUUCCAACAAGUAACUUUGUAGAAAUGAGCCAUAAGCUAAGGCCCUAAGUUGGCAGCAGCCCGGAAGCAUAAAAUAAAAGUUUACAGAAGUUUU